AUAAAAUUGUAAACACACUGUGAAAUAUGUCAUGAGAAUUAUAACAAAUUUCUAGAAUCGAUUGCUAAUUUUUUUGUGCGAAAUGAAUUCAGAAAUCAACAAGAAAACGCCAGCAUUUAUAUGUGAGUAUUUAUAUAUGUAAGUAUUUUCUAUGUAAACAGUAACACUGUAUUUUGUGUGUAUUAAAAAUUGAGUGCAUUAUUUACAGUAUAAAACGACUCAUCAAGAUGCAAUCACCCUAAUGUGCCAUUUUUAUUAUUACAAGUGUAGUGCAGUAUUCUUAUUAUCCCAUCAAGUUGCAGACUGCCCUAAUGUGACCUAUUUUGUUAUUUCACUCUGUCUAAUGCCAGAUGAUUUUACUCCUGAUAUGGAAAGUAUUGUACAUUAAUUGUGGUUGAAAUAUUUUUCUGAUUUGGCAGAUGCAAAGGAAUUUAAGUUAUCUAAAGUUCUUGGAAAUUUACAGGUAAUUGAUAGGACCAGAUCCAAGGAUUGGCUCGUACUUACAAGUACAAUCAUAACUGGUAAAAAAUAGCGUAAAAUCUCCUAGCAUAGCUCUAGUGUCCUGGCUCUAGUCAGGACGUAUUCCCCACACACAAUGUGCAAGUUUGUGGCACAUUUGUGCUACAGCAAGGUAGACAACAGUUAGGAAGGCUCAAAAUACAAUUCGCAUUUAGCAAAUUAAAUGAUAUCUAUAGUGUAGACCAUGAAAUUUAUACAAUACUAGAUUAAUAAAAAGCAGAGGCUGCAGAAACAUUUCGAAAGUGGACCCUGGGCAUUGACCAAAAGGGGCACUUUUUUAUAUGACCAAGAUCAAAAUGAUAUUUUGUUGUCUGGCAAUUAGGUGACAAAUACAAAAGAGCUGCAUCUAAUACCAUAAGUGAGGAUUAAAGCUGUCGUAAUUAAAAUAUUUCCCUCUAUCAGGCAUAUAAACUAGCCACUGGUGAUGUUGGGCAGACUGAACAAGAGGAAGCAUCAAGGAAACAUGGUAAAAUAGUUGAUUUGUUUGCACUUUCUAUGCAGCAAAUCAAUAUCACUUAUGUCACAUGAAAUGCCUUUUAUUGCAUUUUUAUUGAUAGGAAAUAACUUGGGUGCGCUCUAUGGAGAUCUGAUCACGAAAGCUUCUCAUGAAAAUACUAAACGAAAGCAAGGUGGGUUUUUUUCCCCACAUGGUUGACAAAACAGCUUCCACUUAUGCUGACACUCUAAUAUUGUGAAAGCAGGGAUGGAUCCAGCAUGAUCUGGUGGGGGGGGGGGAUGCUCUGCCAGCUCUGGUGCCGAGUUGUGUCAGUCAUGUGUGCCGCCCACCCAUCAACUUGCUUCACUACUGCAAAGUCUUGCUUAACUACUGUAUUUGAAUUGUUGUUCACAGUUCACUUAAUUAUCAUCAUGUUAUUACUAAAAUUACUGUAUCUCAUUUUGCCUCUAAUAAUUUUUUGCUUUAUCAUGAAAAAUAAGGGGGCUGCACCACCUCUGGCCAGGACUAGGGUGGUGCACCCCUCCCCCCACUGCACACCCCCCAGUAAAUCCAUCCCUGAGUAAAAGUCCACAACCCUAUUUCUGUAAAAUUUUGAAGUAUUACACCUUCAUGACUCCAUUAUUUCAAAGAUGAGACUCAUGAUCAAGGCUCGGCAAAACGAAAGAAGAGAAAAGGACGGAGGAAACAGAAGAAGAAGCAAGAUGGUGGAGACCAAUAUCCAGUUCCCACUGUGGCAUUGGAAGAUCUUAAAGAACCACUUCCUUUGCCAGAAUGCUGGCAAAAAGGUUUUGUAUAUUUCAACAAAAUUAUCACAACAUUCUUUACAUUAAGUGAAAGAAAUAAUGCUAUAAGUGGUCGAUCCUUAAUAUACAUGACAUAUCCAUAAAUGAGGUGAAGUACAUUUCUGCACAUUGCUUCUUAACACCACUGAUCUAAUAGUAGACAGUGGUUAAAUAUGCUUAUGAACAGACUGUUUUUUGGUCAAUUCCUUCUUUGAUAAGUAAAAUAGUUUUCUACAAGAGAUAAAGUUAUUUUCUUGUGUUGGUGCAAUGUACUCAGGUGAAUAAGAUGCUUGUGAUGUUACUCUGAGUGUAUAUCCACACUGGGCAGGCUUGAUACGAGAUAAUUUAAAAGUUAAUAAAAGGAGGCAUAUCUUGCUUCACAUUAAUGGCUUAACAUUAGAGACAUUGACAGAUGAUUCGCUUAAAAACUAUUGAAAGAAGAUGCAUUAUGAUUUAAGUCACAAGACAUGGAAAGAGUUGAAAAGUUUAUUAUCUUUUGCUCAUUAGAUGAAGAUGGUUCCAGUUCCCCGAAGGAAGAGAGCAGUGAAAGUUCUGACAAUGAAACAGUGGACUUUCUUGGUCUAGCAAGUGCACAAAAGGACGAGGCACGUGAGCAACAAUUAACAAAUAUAUAUGAGCCAGAACUACGAGACAACUGCGCACGAUUGGAGGGUUAGGGUCAGGGUUAGAAUUAGGGUUAGAGUUGGUGUUUGGAAUAAGGUUAGUGUUAGUAAAACCGUUGCAUUGUUACGUUUUGUCACUCUGAGACCAGCGAAAUAACCUCUUCCAACUUUGGGAACAUUAUUUCAAGCCAUGACAUUUCACCAACCAUUCAAGAUUACAUCGUAUGAGAAUUGUAUAUAAAUUUGUCGUGACGAUAAUGGGUAUACGUCAAUGUUUAAUCUCAGCUAUGGAAAAAUGUUCUACUGCCAAAAGUUCUGACAAGCAAACCCGGGCGUUCCGCACGAACGAAAAGAACGCCAUGUUGUCUUCAUAUACUACAAACGAUUGCCAAAAUGUUAACAACGCGCUUUUCAUAUGUGAAUGCUAGCAACAAAUGCAAAGGAAAUUUAACAGCUACUACAGAUUUUAAUGUGAAUGCUAUCCGGUACUAUUUAGGAGUGCUUUAUCAGAUAUACGACCCAUCUAAAAAACGACCCAUCUAAAGAGUUCAAUAGCCCUAUUCACAUUAGAGACGGACAAGUCGUCUAGACGAACAAAUCGUCUCUCAAAAAUCGUCUUCACAGACGGACAAGUAGUCGAACAAAUUCAGACGACUUGUUCGUCUAAAAUUUUGUCCGACACGUUUUCACAUCUGAUGAUUUGACAGACUAAAAGACGAUUUUGAGACGAUUUGUUCGUCUAGACGACUUGUCCGUCUUCUAAUGUGAAAACGGCUAUUGGCGAAGAAAUUUUAAAAAUAAACAUUGUCUAAGCCGUGAAAAUCAAGGCUAAAGUUUAUGUAAAUAAACAUGAUUUUUUAUCACAUAUCAAAACAACCGACAAGGCAGUGAUUUGUCUUUUCCUCAUGAAUUAUUAAUGCGUUUUUAAAUAUUAUAUAGAGUUCGUCAGACGAUAGCUGCACAAAGGUUGACACAGAAAUUUCAACAUCAAGGUCAUUUUAGAAAACGUUUUUAUCACCAAUUGUCGUUUUAGUAUACUGACACACAUUUUAGGAAGAUCAUUGUCGUUUCAAAAUUUCCAGUUACUUAUUUUAGAGUUACGUCUUUCAUUUUAGAAACAUGCGAAACAAAUCAUUUCAUAAAGAAACAAGUUCACAGUCAGAGAGAGUUUAUGAUCAUAAAACCGCUCUAACAACGUAUUCAUGGUAAGAUAUCACAUGCAAAGAUUAUUCCGGAUUUUUUAUGGUAACAGUGGACCGGUUGCAGAUUCUCUAUGGUAAGAACGGAAGGACUAAACUUCACAUUGGUAGAGGUUGAUAAGAUAUAAAUCAAGAUGGCCUUUGGGUAAUUUUACGAUGUUUUCGAGACUAGAGUCAUAAACCUAACCCACACGGAGGCGUAAGCACGGGAAUGAUGGGGGUACGGACCUUCCCUUCUUCUUCAGGACCCAUUUUGUAAUUCUUUUAAACCUGAGGAGGAACUGGGGGUAACCUCUGAAUGACAUAAAGUCACCCACAUUCAACCACCAACGCUAACCUUGGUUCUUCCUCCUAACAAAACUUCGACCACCAACUUGCUAUUUAUAUCUCCGUGGUAACAAUUGACUUGUUCGCAGUAAUUCUCUUACCUUACUUUUCUGUAGUGCUCGAUGCAACAGGCGUGGUCAUCUAACAGAUCAUUGUACCAUACCACAAACUGCAAUGGAAAAUUACCAUCAACCAAGUGUGAAGGUGAACCUCGUAUAAUUAUGAACUCAUUGAGUGCCAAGCACUCUGUGAGUAAAAUCAUAUUGCAUUCAGGGCAUUUUAAUUAUCUUUUAAUUAACUAAUCUUUUCAUUCAUUUUUGGUUUCAUCUUAGAACGUAAGUCAUAGAAGUGCUGAUGUCCAGGACUUGUUUUUACAGUAAGUAUUAAAUAUAUAGUAUCAUAUAAACACGCAAUGUGGUAUAUAUUGUAUUUCUAUAUAUUCAUGCAUGAUUUUGAUACUUUUUUGUAUGUCACUUCUAUGUGACCCCCAUAAGUCAUAACUUCACAUGCAGCAACGCUGUAUACAGGGCUCAAAAAUGCCUCUUGAUCGAUCACUUUUUUUUUACCUCACCGGUAAUUUUGACCUGCCACAUUUUCAUGCCUUCUAAUGUGAUUGCUGAAAUUAAAACAUGAAACUAUGUGUCGAAACAAGUUUCUAAUAGUUUGUUUCACUGUUAGUGUAAGCGUAUCAAUGACCGGUCAAAAACAGAUUUUGACCGAGCUGAAAUCAAGUUGACCGAUCAUUUUGACCGGAGACCCUUUCUCCCGUUAUUUUGAGCCCUGGCUAUAUAUAGUGGUAAAACUAGUCAAUAACUACGUUGUUAAUCAGUAUUUAAGCGUUGUCCAAUUUUAGAUGUCGACAGUUAAAACGUUCAAAAAAUGUUAGUUGCAGUGAUUGUGGUAAUACUUCGAACUUGGCGUUUUGCUUUGAAUGUAGGUAAGUUAUACACACGAAACAAUAUGCAAAUGUGUGUUAAGCCUCGAUCAAUUUAUCAUAAUGAUAAAUUCGCGGCAUCUAACACUAACCCUAACCCCAACAACCAUAACCACUAACCCUAAUCUAACUUUUUAAACUUUUUUGAAAAUAUAACUUUUUAAACUUUUUUUUUCUUUUUUAAAACUUUUUUAAAUUUUUUUUUGAAAAUCUUGAAGAUCUCACAAUGAUAAAUUCGGACGUGUUUAAGAAUUUACUCAUAUAGUAAAUUCAAAGGUGGAGCUCAUGUUGGAAAACAGGCAUGCUUUGCCCAAAAACAGGCGUGGCUAUCAGGUAUGCCGGAAACAGGCGUACUUCAGCUUGGUUUCCAUAUGGUCGUAAUCAUGGUCGUAUAGAAAUAGAGUCAGUUUAUAUAUAAUAAUUUGUAUCGGUAAACCACAUAUAAAUCAUAAGUAUCCUCUAGUUAUAAUCACUCCACGUAUUUUCAGUUCUCAAAUGUUGUAUUUUGGCUGAUGAGAAAGAUCUUGACUCAAUCUUUACGACAAUAUGGAAACCAGGCUUCAUGGCCACGAACCCCACACGGUUGGCCGAAAACAGGUGUACUUUGUAGCCUCAAAACGUGGCCUGACUUCCUCCUAGCCUGACUAAGAUUUUCAUUUAUUUCUUUGUUGUAGACUGACACUGUGUGACGGCCGUGGACAUUUAAUUGAACAUUUACUAAACUUCCCAACUCACACAAAACUCUUCUCACAUAAACUUCAAAAACUAGUAAGUGAAAACUACCAUCUUUGGCAAAAACUAUGGGACAUAUGCUGUAAUUUUUAUACAACACAGAAUAUUGCAAAGCGCAACUCCUUGCUGAAACAAUGAAACCCACAAUUACAAAUAUGUCAUUUUGUCAAUAUUUUUCUAGUAACUUGUAUCCUAUUUUAUUUUUUAGUUAAAAUGUUCGAACUCAUCCUGUAAUGUUGUGAAUAUUAACGAACUCCUGGUUUGUCCUCAAUGUCUGAGUAAAAUAUUUGAUAAACAGUACUCUCUCAUAAAUGCCACGUGGUAAGAAAGUUUUCCCAGAUUUCUAUCUUUCUUGACUAUGUUCGUUUCAGUUUCUAUUGUCAGGUCUCUUCAUUUUAAGGUGGUUGACUCAGAAAGGACUGCAAUCAUAGAUAUCUUAUAUACACUAGAUAGUGCAUCUAAUUAUGCAAUUCAAAAAUUGACUCAGGAUAUUCCCAUGAAAUGAGAAUACUCGAUAGGCUAUAUUUGAUAAACAGUACUCUCUCUCUCAUAAACGCCACGUGGUAAGAAAUUUUCCAAGACUUCUAUCUUUCUUGGCUAUGUUCGUUUCAGUUUCUAUUUUCAGGUCUCUUCAUUUUAAGGUAGUUAACUCAGAAAGGACUGCAAUCAUAGAUAUCUUAUAUACACUAGAUAGUGCAUCUAAUUAUUCUUCAAUUCAAAAAUUGAAGCCGUGAUUGCAGACUCAGGAUAUUCCCAUAAAAUGAGAAGACUCGUAUGUUUUCUAUUUCUUAAACAGGGAACUUAAACAUUAAGUUAAACCUAUUCCAAAUACAUUUUCAAACUAUUCAAAUGAUGAAAGUUAUUGUUGUUUUUUAAGCGUUUAUUAGCGAGUGGAAAACUUCAACAUGGCCGCCAUCUAUUCAAAUGUGGGUAACCGCUGGUAUAUUCUUGGCUUCAAUUUUACUAAAAGAGAUGCGCUAUUUAGUGUAUAUAAGAUAUCUAUGACUGCAAUAUAUGGGCGGUCCAUGUUUAUAUUAAUUUUGGAGAAGUGUAAAGAUCGUUUGGAACGAAUUGAUCUUGUGUUGUAAUCUUGUGUUGUAGCUUUGUUAAAGUUUGUAACCCUGUCUCUAUUGUUUUACAAUGUCAAUGUAAUGCGUAGGUAGGACUUAAUUUGGGACUCCUCAGUCCUGUUGUCUGUACCUUCAAUCGUUUUGUUCAUUGUAAAGUAGUUAUAAAUAAAUAAAUAAGUAUAAAUUGAGACAUUUCAAAGUAUCAAAUGUACAGUUCUAUUAAAAUUCAUUAUAUUGGGUCGUUCCAGAAAAGAUCCACACUCCCCCACGGAGCAAAUUUCUGCCAUCCGGAGGGGGAGGGGAGAACAUUUUAUUUCUGAAAAUAGCAAGUGUAUUAAGACAUCCGGAGGCGGGGGGGGGGGGUUAAGUUCCAGUUUCCGCCGUGGGGAAGGUUAUACGGAUGUUUUCUGGAAUGACCCAUAUUUUUAAUUUGAACGCAGGUCAAAUCGAGGGCUUCAAGCUAUCACAAAUGUCCUUUGUUGUGAAGAACACUUUCACUGGUAAGUUGAUGGAAUGAUGGUUUCACUAAGACCUAUUAAAGCACCAAUCAUGAUGGUCAACCUACAGUUAUCAGAUGUAAUUUUAUAACUUUCCAAGUUGAUCACCAGGCGCCCAUUAAGCUGCAUUAUCUUUAGAAUUUUACUAAACUUACUUUAACUCGUACUCAGUCCCUAAGCGAAAAAAUAAUGCACUGAUCUAUAUCGUAUACUGAUAAUGCAUAUAAUUAAAGGCCCAGACGCACCGGACGCGAUUCGACAACGCGGCGCGAUUUUUCAGGUUUUGAAAGUUAAUAAAACAGUCAAUGAAAGAAAAUUUUAAAAGAUAUGUAGACCAAAUAACUCAAAAUGUUACAAGUGCUUCUAAAUAUUUGGAAAACCUUAACCAGGAUCAAAGAUAUCGAUCAGAAAGUCGAAUCGCGUGUGUCUCGGCCUUAAACACCAGGCAAUUUUACUCGUGAAGGGGAGAGUCUUUCCAAUACCUAAUGGUCCAUUAUUCUGUUUAUUUAGGCAUCGUAUGAACUGCUACAGUUCCUCUGCAGAAUUCUUGUUCAGCCGCGAGAAUUUGCUAAAGUUACAACAACAAGGAGACGGUUUAUUAAGUGAAUUCUUUUUCUAAGUGAAUUCUUUUUCUUGUGCAUAGAAGACAUAGAAACCCUAUCAACUUUCUCGCACUCCUCUGAGGAAUUUCAAACUGACAUGGAGAGUAUUUAAUACUGAAGAACAAGCAACAACAAAUUGACACAAAUACAGUUUCAACGUAGCAAAUAAACGGGUUCAAACACUCGCCCUAAUGUACAUUUUAACUUCAUUUUUUUCCGCAACACAUACAUAGAAAGUUUUAUAGAACUGUAGAGCACUAGUAUUUUACUAUAGAGCAAGAAUAUCUUAAGAAAAUUCGAAAGAAAUACUGGUAGAACUGGUUGUGAAAAUGUUCGCCAUUUUUAAAUAUACUUGUGCGAAACACUUCAUCUUUUAAUAAACGCUAUAAAACAGGAUAAUUACAU